GAUUUGAAAUAUGUAUAUAAAGUUUAAAUUUUGUUUUAUGGUUAGUUUUGAAAAAAAAGUUUAAAUGAUUUGACUCAUUUUAAAACUGACCCAAAUAGAUAAUUUCUUAUAAUAUGAUGGACUUUCAAUUUUUCUUAAUAACAUAAGCCCAUUACUUUUUUUGCUAAAUACUACUAUCUUUAUUUCCAAACAAAAGUAAUAUUUUUUUAAAAGACUACAAUCCAUGUUACCAAACACUCUUAUUUUUUAAACUCAUAUACAUGUUUCCAAACAAUCUCAUUUUGUACUUCAGUUUUAAUAAGAUAGAUUUCUGGUCUUUUAAAGGGGUUGAUUCUUUCUAUGAAUACCUCAUGAAGGCCUAUAUUCUUUUUGGAAAAGAAGAUUACUGGCAAAUGUUUCGUUCUGCGUAUCUGGCAUCUCAGAAGUACUUCAGAUAUGGGCCUUGGUACCAUGAAGCUAAUAUGUGGAGUGGGAAACCAACUUAUUGGCAGCUAACAAGUCUUCAGGCGUUUUGGCCUGGUCUACAGGUUCUUGUUGGGGAUGUCGCAGCUGCAAAUUCUUCGCACCGGGAGUUUUUCCAUGCAUGGGAGAAGUUUGGUGUUAUACCUGAAAGGUAUCUACUGGAUCAUCAAAUGAUACAUCCUACUGAGAGGUACUAUCCACUGCGUCCUGAGUUAGCAGAAUCCACGUUCUACCUAUACCAAGCUACAAAAGAUCCAUGGUACCUAGAUGUUGGUGAAGCAAUGGUAAAAUCUCUUAAUCGGUAUACGAAGGUGGCAGGGGGAUUUGCAAGUGUUAGAGAUGUGACGACCAUGCAACUGGAAGAUCAUCAGCACAGUUUCUUUCUCGCUGAAACGUGCAAGUACUUGUAUCUCCUCUUUGAUGAUUCAUUCGUGGCCAAAAGGAAUUAUAUAUUUACAACCGAGGGCCAUCCUAUACAGGUUAUGAGCUCCUGGCAUGAGAAACUACCAGAAAGUUAUUUCUCUGGCAACUGGACGUUUUCAAAGAGUGGAGAAUGGGAAAGUGGAGCAAGUGCAUUGUCAAUGAAGGUCUGUCCAUCGGUAGCUCCAAACUCUAGACUUCGUGAGCAACAUAGAGAGAGUGUUUGCCAUGUUCCUGACCAGAAAAUAGAUCAUAAGUGUUGGAGCAACAGAGAGUGUGGAGUCGACGCCACUACUUGUAGACAAAGAUCCUGCAGCGAAGUUGGAUUCUGCGGCUUGUGGAACCCCUUAUAAGUUAGUUACAUACUACAACUUCUGACUUAAAAACAGAAUACAAGGAAAGAAGUGGGGGCUUAUCAAUAGAAACUGUAAAGUAAUACGGAAAGACAAGUUUUGGUGGACAGGAAAAUUAUAGAGUUGUUGUAUCACUGUCUAAUGUAUUAUUAUCAGAUCUUGACAUGGAUUUUUAUGUCUUUCUAUUUACUAUGGGAUUAACAUACAAGUGUCGUUUCAGUUCA